AUGCCAACACAGGAGUAUUUCGAUCGGAUUCCUCCGUUCCCUUCAGACCAACCCGUGGUUUCACUGUCAAAGAUCUCUCUCGAAAGGUUGAAGAACAACAUGACAGAAGAAGUAGAGAAAUUGUUCGAAGCGUGCCAGAAAUGGGGAUUCUUUCUGUUGGACUUGACGGGAUCAGAACAGGGGGCUACUCUGCUCCAGGAUGCCGAAGAAAUGUUUGACUUGACUAUACGGCUCUCUACGCUGGGACAUGAGACUCUGAAAUCGUAUACCUACAAGCCUCCGGACUUCAUGAGAUAUAAAGGCAUAGGAAGCAUAAAGACGGACAAUGGCGACGCCGACCAUAUCCGCGCCUACUCACUCAGCCAAGACGAAGUGCUAGGGAACUCCAGUCACUCACGUCUCCACCCUGAUGUGGUCAACACCAGCAAAGAGCAGCUCCGACGCUUUAUCGAACACGCUCAUUCAGUGCUAGAUGAGGUCUUGGCCAAGCUGGACAGUUGUUUGGAGAUAGAGCCCCAUACACUCGAAGCAUUGGGUCCACUGAACCAAGAAUCUGACAGUAUUGUUCGCCUGCUCUGGAGCCCAGCCCAAACUGAUGCCAAUUACGAUCGCAUAUCGUUCGGCGGCCACACUGAUUUGGGAACAAUGACGCUCUUGUUCAACAUCGCAGGCGGACUACAGGUUCUCCCUGCUGGAUGUGAGAAUAUCAAAGAAAAGUGGCGCUACAUUAAGCCUGAACCCGGGUGUGCUGUGGUGAAUGUUGGCGACACCUUAGUGGAGUGGACGGGAGGUGUCCUGCGCAGUUCCUUACACCGGGUGGUGACAGCUCCAGGGGACCAGGCAAAGGUGCAGCGAGAAAGUGUGGCCUACUUGGUACGUGCUAAGCGAACUGCGUCUCUUCAGCGCCUGCAGGGGGGCAUUAUCCCUCCUUUACUACCCGGGGAAGAACAAGAAACCCGCACGGUGGAUGAGUGGAGCGAAUGGAGGUCUCGGCAAAUUGCCUUGGGACAGCUGAAGCCUGAGUCGCGAGGGGGAUGCAACGAGUAA